CAUUCCGCCGCCCAGCCGCCGCCGCCGCCGCUCCCGUGCGGCUGGGUGCUGCCGCCGCCUCCCCGGCGCUACGGCCCCCCUCCGCGCUCCCCCCCCGCCCCGGCCCGCCCCGCCGGGCUUGAAGGUCACCUCCGCCCGCCCCCGCUCCGCGGCCACUUUCCGCGCCGGCUGGAGAGCGGCAGCGCCUCACCCGCGGGAGGGUCCCUGGCCAGGCGGAGCGGGGCUCCCGCGGGGCGGGCGGCCGCCCGCUCGCUGCCCCCCCCCAGCCCCCACCGCGGCGGGGGGGUCUCGCCGCUGCCCGCGGAGGUCGCGGGCGGGCCGGGCGCCCCGCUGCCGGUGCGCGGCGAGCCCGGGGGGGAGCCGGGGGGCGCGGCAUGCGGCGGUGAGGGCGGCGGCGCUGCCCGCGGGGAAGGGGCUGCGGCGGCGGCGGGGAGCCGCGUCCCGCUGCCCCCCUGCCUGGCGGAGCCGCUCGCUCCGGACGGGAGAGGCGCAGCCGGCUUCGCCUCCGCUCGCCUCUUUAUGGAAACUACACAGAAGCCCCAUGCAAGUGGUGCCUAUUGUUUUCAUGAUCGGAGCCUUCUUUCAGAUACUAAAGCAGAGUGCAGUUCCUGUCUAGAAACUGAGGACAGAAACAGUGCAAAUCAACAGAUGAGUUGUGAAAGAGAGCAACUAAGGGGUAAUCAGGAAGCUACAGCACCUCCUGACACAAUGGCACAGCCUUAUGCCUCAGCCCAGUUUGCUCCACCUCAGAACGGUAUCCCUGCAGAAUACACAGCCCCACAUCCUCAUCCAGCUCCAGACUACACAGGCCAAACCACUGUUCCAGAGCACACGUUAAACAUGUACCCUCCUGCCCAGACACACUCUGAACAGAGUGCAGCUGACACAAAUGCACAAACUGUCUCCGGCACAGCCACACAGACAGAUGAUGCAGCACAGACCGAUGGCCAGCAACAGACACAAUCUUCUGAAAAUACAGAAAACAAAUCGCAACCAAAACGGCUUCACGUCUCAAAUAUACCAUUCAGAUUCCGGGAUCCAGAUCUUAGACAAAUGUUUGGACAAUUUGGUAAAAUCUUAGAUGUUGAAAUUAUUUUUAAUGAGCGAGGCUCAAAGGGAUUUGGUUUCGUAACUUUCGAAAAUAGUGCUGAUGCGGACAGGGCGAGGGAGAAAUUACACGGCACCGUGGUAGAGGGCCGUAAAAUCGAGGUAAAUAAUGCAACAGCACGUGUAAUGACAAAUAAAAAGACCGUCAACCCUUACACAAAUGGCUGGAAAUUAAAUCCAGUUGUUGGUGCAGUUUAUAGUCCAGAAUUCUAUGCAGGCAGGGUGCUGCUGUGCCAGGCAAACCAGGAGGGAUCUCCCGUGUACAGUGCCCCCAGUUCACUAGUAUACACAUCCACAAUGCCAGGAUUUCCCUACCCGGCUGCAACUGCAGCGGCUGCUUACAGAGGUGCACAUCUAAGAGGCCGAGGGCGCACGGUAUACAACACGUUCCGUGCAGCAGCACCCCCCCCUCCGAUUCCAGCCUACGGCGGUGUUGUAUACCAGGAUGGAUUUUAUGGUGCAGACAUUUAUGGUGGUUAUGCUGCCUACCGGUACGCCCAGCCUGCCACUGCCACUGCAGCUGCCUACAGUGACAGAAAUCAAUUCGUCUUCGUUGCAGCAGAUGAAAUUUCUUGUAACACCUCUGCAGUUACGGACGAGUUUAUGCUGCAGACCCCUACCACCACACACUUGCUCCAGCAGCCACCUACGGCGUUGGUGCCGUGGCUAGUAUAUACCGAGGGGGAUACAGCCGUUUUGCUCCAUACUAAAUGACAAAACCAUAAAAACCUUCCAAUGUGGGGAAAAAGGAAGCUUUCCGAGGCCUGGGUAUUGCAAUACAUGCAGUAGUGCAUCAUUUUAGCAACUCUAAAAAGAGGAAAAAUUACAUUUUUUAUCUUAUACCUCAGAUAUUUUGUUCUGUGUAUUUUAAUAUUGUGGGUCUUUAAUUUCUGAAGGUUACGUAGUUUGAUUGCUGGCUGUAGAAGUUUUUGUGGUUGAUCUAGAAAGCUGCUAGAUAUGAAUAAAAACUGUUUUAGGGCCACAAUCAAGAGUGCUAUAUCAUGUAAAUGAAUUAUAUAUGCUGAAUAUUAAGCUAUUGGGGUUAUCACAUGUUUUGUAAGAGUGUAAGUGACUACAGUAGUCAUUUUUUUCUGCAUCUACAUUUAUUUUAGUUUAUGAGAGGGAGGGAGGGGGGAAAUUGGGGACAUGGGAAUGGGGUUUGGCUAAAAUAUUAAUUAAUGAAGCAAAAAGGGGCCCCACUGCACCAACUAUCAUAUAUCACCUGUCUUAAAUUAUUCACUGUUUGUUCAAAGCCAAAGGUUAUGUUCUUAUUAGGGGUGCUUCCUCGACACAUGUACAUAAAAAUCGGAUUAAAAGCUGUCCGAAGGCACCCUUUUAAAGCAUUCCACCAGGCAGUAUUCAGCUAUUUAACCAUAACUAGUUAUUUAGGCAAAACCUGCUAGUUAGACCAUUAACAAGCAUUCUUUUUAUAUUUCUUCCAGUAAAAUAAAUUAUUGAUAUCAUUGCUGACUUUUAUAUUAUGGGAGGGAAAAAAACAAUAAUAAAAAGGUGAAAAAAGCACUGUUUCUAUUUUUUUCUUUUUUUUCCAAAAAAGAAAGUAAUAAAAACUUAAAUUCUUUGUACCAGUAAAAAAAUGUAUAAAAUUUACAUCCGUGCAGUGGAGUUGUUAAGUUCUAGAAAUACACAGCCUAUGAUGCUUUAGAUUUAGCCUAGUAGACCAACUGUUAGAGACAGACGUAUCAUUUUUAUGGAAUUAUAUGAUAAUCAUAUUCAGAUUUAUAUAAGCAUUUUACAAGUAUUGCAAUCAUUGAGUAGAGAUAAUCAUGGUAUUUUCAUCAGCUUGGUACUUUUUGAAACAUGACUGUGUCGUGUAAACAAUCUGCAAUUUUUCAAGGCGUGACGACUCGCCCCUAUUUAAUUUCCAAACCAAGGCCAUUUUGCUGAAUGUUGGGCCCGAGACAACUUUUCAACUGGGACAAAAGAUGGACCUUCUUCUGACCAAGCACUGACCGGAGAAGGCGGCUUGUCAGGGUCUCGGGCAGGCGCAGCCCAGCAGACGCCUGGGUGGCAGUUUCAGGCAUAGUUGAAAAAUUGCAGUUUGUCUGUGCAUAUGUUUGGACUCUUUCCAUGUUGUCCUGUUUACAAGUUAACCUAAGUUGGGGUGUUUGUCACGGGUCUUCUUGUUUUUGUAUUUAAAUAAAUAAAGCAGAAGACUGUCUUGCUACAGUUUUGCUGCAGAUAGUUAUAUCCUCAUGUGUAACGUGCGUGCCUACUGGCAAGCACCUUAGUAAAUUAUCAACUCACCGCUGUGAACCUGCCAACUUGCUAUAACAACUGCUUUAAAAAAAGUGUUUGUGAUCAGGCUUUCUCUUUGUCAUCGUAUGUGCAUGCAGUAUGAUCAGUUGAACAAUAACCAUCAAUAAAGUUUCACAAGAUUUGAAAACAAAGUUUCUGUAGCAUUUAUAUCUAAGAAUGAAAAAUAAAUUAACUUUAAAAUUGAAACAGAGAGAGAAAGAGACUAUAUUAAUCAAUGAAACAUGGGGCAGUAACAUGUAUUUAUACUGGUGAGGGAAUGAACUGAAAUUUAUUAGGAGUUCAAUCCUCACAGUUAUUAUAUAAGAGAUACAAAACAAGCCUCCUGUUUAAAAAAAAAAAAAAAAAAAGUCUAUUUCAUUUAAACACCAUGAUAAAAGCAACUUGAAAAAUGUUUGCCAAAUGUUAGGCUUCCAAUUCAAAGUGUGGAUGAUACAUCUUUUUUGGAAUUGCACACACAAAAUAUCUAACGUGGGGAAUAACAGAAUUUAUUUGCAGUUUUGAUUUUCAUGAUAUGGCUUUACAACUCCCACUCUCCAAAUGAUUAUAUGGCGUUUUAGUCUAUUAAAAUAAUCUUGAAAGGUUGAGGGUGCAGCCCAUAUUAGAAGAUAUUUUGUUUAUAAAGCUCCUACAGUACUCCUAGUAGUUAUUUUAAAAUAAUGUAUGUCUGAAAUAGUUAUGUAAGAAAAGCAUUUGAAAUUUUUUUACAAUAUAUAUUGGGAAUGUUUUCACUUAUAUAAAUAACUACUGAUAAUAUGAAUUAUGAAAAAAAUUAUUACUACCAUAUGUGGAAUAUAGUGACUUCUAAACAGAUUUAAAAAAAACACCCUUACAAACCCAGAAAAUGUGUAUAUCUGUCUUUAGAAAUUAGUGUUUAUAUCACAACCGUGAUUUGUGAAUAAAGAAAAAUGGUUUGUAAUAUCAAAAUAAAAGCUUAGUCUGAAAAGGUAAAAA